AUGGGGAACCUCAACGUCCUUCUUCAAUCCGCCGGCUGUGUCUCCCUGCUGGCGGCGGCCGCUGCACUCCUCCUACUGGUUUUGACACUGGUGUCCACUUCGGGUCGGCAGAAGAGCCCCAAGGGGCCCCCGGGCCCCAGACCGCUUCCGGUGCUGGGGAAUCUUCUGCAGCUGGACCUCAAGAGACCUUACAACACCCUUGUGGAGAUGUCCAAGAAGUACGGGCCGGUGUUCACCAUCUACAUGGGCUCCAAGAAGGUGGUGGUUUUAGCCGGCUACAAGGCGGUGAAGGAAGCCCUGGUCAACCACGCCGCCGACGUCUUCGGGGACAGAGAUGUCUUGCGCAUCGUGAAGGAGUACAACGAUGGACACGGCGUCAUAUGGAGCAACGGCGACUCGUGGAAGGAGAUGCGACGCUUCGCUUUGAGCAACCUGAGAGACUUCGGAAUGGGAAAGAAGGCGUGUGAGGACAAGAUUGUCCAAGAAUGUCAACAUCUCUUGGGAGUCUUCCGAGACUUUGGAGGUCACGCCUUUGACACCACUCAGCCCGUCAACUACGCCGUCUCCAACGUCAUCUGCUCCAUCGUGUACGGGAAGAGGUUCGACUACGACGAUCCCGAGUUCACUGCCAUGGUGGACGGAAUGAACCGAAAAAUCCAACUGGCUGGAUCGCCGUCUACUCAGAUUUAUAACUUUUUUCCCUGGCUGGGCAAGCGGCUGCCCCAGAACAAAGAAUUCUUCCGACUGACGGCCGACCACGGGAAAAAGAAUCUGGAGAUAUUCAGACGAAUGAAGGAGAGUCUCAAUCCGCUCAUGUGCGGAAGCUUGGUGGACGCCUUCUUUAUCCGAAAGCAACACCUGGAGGAAAGCGGGGUCACCAACAGCCACUUCCACGAUGAAAACCUGAUGUGGACGGUUCAGAACCUCUUUGCCGCUGGCACCGACACGACAGCCGCCACGCUCAGGUGGUCUCUACUCUUCAUGGCCAAGUAUCCUGACAUCCAGGAGAAGGUCCGAGAGGAGCUGAGCAGGGUGAUUGGAGAGCGCCAGGUCCAGGUGGAGGACCGCAAGAACUUGCCCUUCACUGACGCCGUCAUCCAUGAGACGCAGAGGCUGGCCAACAUCGCACCCAUGGCCAUCCCUCACCGGACCAGCCAGGACGUCACUUUCCGGGGGUACUUCAUCGAGAAGUACACCACCAUCUACGUCCUCCUCACGUCUGUCCUCUAUGACGAAAGUGUUUGGGAGAAGCCGCAUUCCUUCCAUCCCGACCACUUCUUGGACAAAGACGGGAAGUUUGUCAAGAAUGACGCUUUCAUGCCCUUUUCUGCAGGUCGCAGGGUUUGUCUGGGAGAGAGCCUGGCCCGCAUGGAACUCUUCAUCUUUUUUGUGACGCUCCUGCAGCACUUUCGCUUCAGACCUCCGGCGGGGGUGUCGGAGGAGAACCUGGACCUGACGCCCCGCGUGGGCUUCACGCUCAGCCCGACCGAACACAUGCUCAGAGCGCUUGACUGUAUGUGA